AUGCAGGGCUGCGUGGCGAGGAGAUGGGCUCCUCUGGGCCUGCUCCUGCUGUGUCUUCAUCUCCCAGGCCUUUUGUCCCGGAGCAUCAAUGCGGUGGAGGAGAAAGCCCCCCAACACCCGGGAACAGACUCGCCUCUGCCAGCACAACCUCCUUUGACCAGCCCCUCCAACUCUGAGCAUCCUCAGCCCCAACCUGACCCAGUCUCCAAGGAUCUCACAAGCACUCCUCUGGCGUUCAGUGCUUCUCCAUCAGAUGGUUUCCAGCCUGCAGAAGGUCCAGAGGCUCAGGGGUGGCCCCUACCUGAAGAGAUGCCCUUUAUGGAUUCCUGGUCCUCCGAAGAUCCUUGGCAGAUGAUGAUGGCUGCGGAUGAGGACUACGCAGAGGAAGCCCUGCCCGAGGAGCUGUCUUUCCUUUCUGGUGCCACGGGAACCACCUCGGGCAGCAAGCCUUUGUCUGCAGGGUCCUCUGACACUGCCAGUGUCCCCCUGGAUUCUGACUCUGAGCACCCAUCCCAUUCCAACAUGCCGGGAGCCUUGGAACCAACCCGUGCCCAGAGCCCUUUCUGGUCUUUCAUCAAUAAGAUUCGACAGACAUUCUUGUCUGGUCGCCCCUGUGGGAUCCUGAAUCCCAGGGUACCUGUGAGAGGUGGAGGCCCUGGAACUGGAUGGGGAACCAGGCCCAUGCCAAACCCUGUAGGAAUAGGGGGCAUCAACAACCAAUACCCAGGUACUGGCUGGGGGAAUAUUAAUAAGAUUCCAGGUGCCAGCUGGGGAAAUAUUAAUAAGAUUCCAGGUGCCAGCUGGGGGAAUAUUAAUAAGAUUCCAGGUUCCAGCUGGGGAAAUAUUAAUAAGAUUCCAGGUACCAGCUGGGGGAAUAUUAAUAAGAUUCCAGGUACCAGCUGGGGGAACAUUAAUAAGAUUCCUGGUUCCAGCUGGGGGAAUAUUAAUAAGAUUCCAGGUGUAAACUGGGGGAAUAUUAAUAAGAUUCCAGGUUCCAGCUGGGGGAAUAUUAAUGGAAUUCCGGGUAACAUCUGGGGGAAUAUUAAUCAGAAUCCAGGAGGCAUCUGGGGAAAUAUUAAUGGAAUUCCAGGAGGCAUCUGGGGAAAUAUUAAUCGACUUCCAGGAGGCAUCUGGGGAAAUAUUAAUCGACUUCCAGGAGGUAUCUGGGGAAAUAUUAACCGGCUUCCAGGAGGCACCUGGGGAAAUAUUAAUCGGCUUCCAGGUACUAGCUGGGGUCCUCUACAGCCAGUUAUUAACAAAUUACCUCCUGGAGUUUUACGCCCUCCCAGCUCUUCUUUGAACAUCCCAGCUGGCUUGCCCCAAUCUAAAGGCCCUGCAUCAGAGUGAGGUUAGAAUGACAGCAGAGGCAAUCCUAAAUUUGAAGUCAGAGAAUGGGUCCUGUUCCCCAUUUUCAGAGUGAACUAAAUCCAGAUUCAAUCUGCAUAUUUUCAGCCUCAUCUCCACAUUCGCAGCAUUCCUUGCU